AUGUCGCUAACCAGGGCCAGUUUCACUGUGCGCAGUAUUCUGAAUUUACCCGAUCAACAUGAAAUUGACCGUCUAGAUCACUGGGAUCAAGGAAGUGGCAAAGCGAUACAAUCUGCUGUCAUUAAGAAAGAAGCAGGCCAAAACUCACGCCAUGAGUAUUCGAAACUAUCAUUUUCGGGGUGGCUUGGUUCUGACAAGAUUUCCUCUGAUGAAAGCAGCACGGAUACAACUCCCGCCGAUUGUCAUCCAAGAAAAGGCUGUUCGUCCAUCAUGAAGAAUGAGAAGAAGAAGAAACGACGAGUUCUGUUCUCCAAAGCACAAACAUUUGAGUUAGAACGAAGAUUCCAACAACAGCGUUACCUAUCUGCCCCUGAACGCGAACACUUCGCUCACCUUUUGAGCCUUACCCCAACUCAGGUGAAGAUCUGGUUUCAAAACCACAGGUAUAAAUUGAAGAGAGCCCGUGUAGAUGGCACCCUGCAGAUAGAUAUGAACCAGCCGCAACUGGUUCGCAGAGUGGCAGUGCCAGUGCUGGUCAGAGAUGGCAAGCCUUGUCAUUCUUGUUCCAUUACCUCCGUACAUAUCCAGGAGAAGCCCGCCGACACUGUUCAGCCUAAUCAUUCCUACACCGCUUUCACAGUUCAUGGUUUUCAACAGGUACAGCACACUGGACCGUUUGGCGUCUUCCCCAGCUAUCAUCAUUUAACACAUCCUGGAAUACGGAGGCAACAGUGGAGCUGGUGA